CUGUAUCUCUAUUCACUUUGUCGGUAUGGCCUUUGAGAGUAUCUAACUAGUGGGUCUGGACAAAAAAGGAAUGGUUGCUUGUGUUUGUGCUAGUGCGUAGGUAGUGUAGAAAUCGGAUUUACUGUUAGCUGCUUCGAAGUUCAAACAUCAGCACAUAAUUUUUUCAGAACAAAAAUGGCAGCGUUACGCGCGGAGGAUAUCAUCAAAUCCACCAUCCCGGACCUCAAACUUGGGCAAUGGCACACAGAACAUAGCGCAAUUCACAACCUGAGAUACCUGGGAGAGUUGAGGCCCUGGCGCACCUUUGCGGCGGAGGCCUGGCGUCAUAGCCGGGACACGGAUUGGGCAGCCCACCCAGACGUGCUCGCGCAUGGGCCAUGGGGUCCUGUCCCUGCCCAUAGCCUCUUUAACGAGCACGUCUGGGUGGGCGAUGAAACAGGUGUACAGGGGAGGUUUACGAACAACAUCGGCCAGGCCGUUUCCGCUGCUUGUCGGGUCUUCGGGCUCGACAUAGCCUUCGCCGACUUCCGGGCGUCUAAUGCGGUGAUGGGGGGCUGGGUGCCUGAUUCGGGGUGCAUUACAGCCGCGGGAGAGUUGCGGGGUGUGGGGGAGGACAAGGUCGGAUGGGUCCCAGCGCACAGCCUCACCGAUGCCGUCGAGGAAGGUGGCCGCUAUCUGCGAAAGGUCGUGGGCCAAAUAGCGCGCUACCUGCGCCUCGGUCAGGUCAGAUAUGGCUUUCUGACAACGUACGAUGAGACCAUUUUUUUGCGCCAGGUCAAGAGCCGCGGCGGCGUUUGGAGACUAGAAUAUAGCGAGCCCAUACGCCACGACGCCAGAGCCGGCCAGAAUUCGGGGGAAAUUACACUGAGGGAGGCUUUCUGGUACUUUGCAGCCAAGGCGGCGGGAGCAGGCUUUCAGACCGACAUUGAUGUAAAAAUGGAGAACUGGGUCCGUUAG